AUGGGAGGAAAUGUUGACUCGGGAAGUAGUGGAUCUAAGAGAUCUUACGAGGACUCUGUAGGAUCUAGUGCUCGUCCAAUGGGAAUGGAGGCAGCUAAAAAAAAAGGUAAAAAGAAAAGCAAGGACGAGACCUUGGAGAAGGUGGAAAAGGAGUGGGUUCAAUUCAAAGAAUUAAAGGAGCAAGAGAUUGAACAAUUGAAAGAGUUAACUUUGGUGAAACAACAGAAAAACAAGCUGCUGCAAGAAAAGACUGAAGCUAAGAAAAUGAAAAUGUAUCUAAAGUUAAGUUCCGAAGAGCAUCUCGAUGACCGGAAGAAAGAGCUGUUGGGAAAGUUGGAGCGUGAGCUGUUUGGAAAUUAA